UAAGAAAAGUUGAUUUUUUUUUGUUUUUUUAAAAGUGGGAGAGAAGAAAAUGGUUGUGAGAAAAAUUGAAACACUUAUACCAUUGAGAAAUAAUUCAUUGAUAUCUGAACUGAAUUUUAUUUUAGGCUAUUAUUCAUUAAUAUUAUAUUUAAAAUAAAAAACUUUUAUUCCUAAAAAACUUGUAAAUUUAAUUAAUAAUUUUUUAUUUAAUACAAAUAAAUAUUAUUAUUCUAUAAAAAUCCAGAUCGCCUUCAAUUGACUUCGCCUCCUUGACUCAACAAGAUUAAUUCCAAAAUUUGGAUAUAUAAUUAAUAUUUUCUAAUUAAUUAUAAUUACAGAUUAAUUUUAAAUUUUAUUAAAAAUUAAAAUAAAUAAUUUAAACCUCCGGAAUCCACCACCUCCACUUUGACAGCCUUGCUCUCCACCACUCCGGUAGUGGCCGGAGUGUUAGAGUUCAUUUGAGAAGACGAACCCAUCAAGGUUCUUCUAAGGAUGAACCCAACUCAGGUCAUCAGAUCUGAGGACGAACCACAUGUGGGUUCGUCCUCAAAUGAACACGGGUACGUCUGAGAAGACUAACUCAAAAGUGAUACGUCUUCUCAGAUGAAGAACGCGUGUUCUUUGAACCCGCGUUCAUCUGAGGACGAAUCCAGAUAGGGUUCAUCCAGGUUCGUCUUCUCAGGCGAACUCUAACACUCUGUCCACUGCUGGACUGGUGGUAGAGGGGGCUAUCAACGAGGAUUCAACAAAGGCAGUAGAUUUUGAUGCUGCGUUUAGAUUAUUUAAUUUUAUUUGUUUUAAUAAAAUUUAAAAAUAAUUACACACACACACACACACAUAUAUAUAUAUAUAUAAAGAACUAUAUAUCUAUAUAAUUAGGAUAAAUUAAAAAAUAUUGAUUAUAUAGAUUUAAACGGGACAAGUAUAAAAUUUGAGAUGAAUAUUUAAAAUUUACUUUUUAUCAAUAAAUAUGCUUGGUUUGUUUUUAAAUUUUAAGAAAGAUGAGUUUUUUUUGUGUUAAUUAUAACAUUAGUGAUUAUCUAAAAUAUUUAUUAAAAUAUGCAUUAUUGAAAAAGAAGUCAAUUUGAUGCUCGGGGGUGCAAUUGAAACCAAAAGGUGUGGAAAUUGAUAUUUGAGGGUGGAAUUGAAAUCAAAGAUGCGGAUUUGGGUGAAAUCGACAAUUUUACAACGUGAGGGUGCAAAUAAAAAAGGACUAAAAGGUGUAAGUAUAGGCAUCCUUGUCCUUCUUUUGGCAGUAUCUUGGCUGUACUUUGGAUUAAGAAAAGCGAGACUUAUAAAACUUAAAGAAAAAUAUUUUAAAGAAAAUGGUGGUAACUUGUUUAUGCAAAAAAAUUCAGAACACGGUCCAAACUCUACAAAAGCAGCUAAAAUAUAUACUGAAAAUGACCUGAAAAAAGCAACAAAUAACUUUCACGAAAGCCGAAUUUUAGGUAAAGGUGGACAAGGUACAGUCUACAAAGGUACACUACCAGAUAAUCAGAUUGUCGCUGUCAAGAAAUCAAAAAUUGGAGAUGACACCCAAGUUGAAGGAUUUAUUAAUGAAGUUAUAAUUCUAUCUCAAAUCAAUCAUAGAAAUAUUGUCAAACUGCUGGGUUGCUGCUUGGAGACUCGAGUCCCAUUGUUGGUCUAUGAAUUUGUGAUGAACGGGACCCUAUUUGAUCAUAUCCAUAGUAACAAUGGUACCGAUGGAAGAAUUUUAAUUCCUUGGGAAACACGUUUAAGAAUAGCGACGGAAGUUGCAGAAGCACUUUCUUAUAUGCAUUCUUCGGCUUCUAUUCCUAUUAUUCACCGCGAUAUUAAGUCUGCAAAUAUACUUUUAGACAAGAAUUACACUGCAAAGGUAUCCGAUUUUGGAGCUUCAAAGCUAAUCCCUUUAGACAAAACUGAGCUGACAACACUGGUGCAAGGAACCCUUGGAUAUUUAGAUCCUGAAUACUUGCAUUCGAGCCAACUGACCGAAAAAAGCGAUGUGUAUAGUUUCGGAGUUGUUCUUAUAGAGCUAUUGACGAGAAAGAGACCGAUAUCUUUUACGAGGAUAGAAGAAGAGAGGAAUUUGGCAAUGUAUUUUGUUACUUCAAUUCAAAAAGAUCGGUUGCUCCAAGUUGUGGAUUAUCUCCUGAUAAAUGAGAAGAAUACUGAUGACAUUAAGAGAGUGUCAAUGUUGGCAAAAAGGUGCGUGAGUGUAAAAGGGGAUGAAAGGCCUACCAUGAAAGAUGUGGCAAUUGAAUUAAGAAGUUUAUGCUCAACAACAAAAAAUCCAUGUGAGAAGAAUGAUGUAUUAUGUGAGCAAGAAACUCAAAGUUCUCUUCCAAAUUCAUCUGCAUGUUUCAUUAUGGAUGCUACCAGUAACAGCAUUGCUAUGAACGACAGUGUAAUGAAUUCUGCUAUAUUCGAAAUUGGAAGUGGGCGUUGACUGUGGUUUGUUAUCAAAGUAUGGUGUGGAAUUUAUAUUUUAUAUAUUUUGUUUAAAAUUAACAGAUUUGUGUUUAAGCUAUCGAUAUUAUUGUUGUGGGUUUGUUUUAAAUGAAUUCUGUAAAUUUUGAUGACAUUCAUAUGUAAAUGAUUACAGUUGUACUCAUAAA